GAGCUUGGGCUGGAGACUGCUUCAGAGAUAUCGUCCGUGAAAGGAGGGGGGCAGGGUGACGAGGAGGCAAGGGGAGGCGUCCUUGCCUGGACCGUGCUCAGGCUCCGAUGCUGCCAUUUGGCCUCUCAAAGCAACAUUUUCACACAGGAAACGGAUUGCCUGGGCAAAUGGAUGCUUAGAAAAUUAUCUUACAUCAUUGUCCAAAUCGAAUAGCAGAAAAUAAAAGUCACGAGAACAUGUAUUCAGGCUGAGGAGAGGGGAGGCCAGGAGGCAGGCACAGCGUUUUUGCCAGUGUCCUGGGAGGCUGAGCUUAGUCUCUAGAGCUUGUGACAACAGUUUUUGUUACUGCAGCUCCAGUCAGCAAGACGUGCUCCAGCUGCUGCACCCCUAGGGUGGAAGGGGCACCAGCUAGAGGAAGCUUUAGGGCAUCAGGAGAGAUAUAUUUGGGGCUUCAGUGCCCUGAGGUCCCCUCUAGGUCAAGCCCCGUGCUGUCCAAAAUCUGCUUCCUGUUGUGGUGUGAGUCUGCUUUGAACAAAGUACAUGAUCUGUGUUCAACUGCCACCGGGAUCUGACACUGUAAGAGGUUCCAGGCUUCCCCGUGAGCUCAUGUGGCUGGUGGGAUGUUUCACGUGUACAGCAAGCGCUGUCGGAUAACGGUCCUGAUCACGUGAGCGGAGUGACCCAGUCUGAACAGGAGUGUCUUCCAUUGGUGUCUGGGUUCCUGACAUCAUCAAUAGAAGAGAAUCAAGUCUCUUCGGAAUCUGGAGGAAGCAUCCACAUUCUUGGAUACUACGUGCUGUAUCCCCACAACUUGACUUCCUUAAAUAUCUGGAAGCCUUUUGGAAAUGGAGGUUGUAGCUGACUCAAAUGAAGGAGUGACGGAACUGGAACACCACCGUGAUCUAGUUACAGGAAAAAACAAAAACGUGGACUAUAAACUUAGUGGCCUCCAAGAGGAGCUGUCAGAAAAGAGAAAUGCGAGGCCCCAGUCACAGCAGGAAAAAGCGAAGAGGGAAAAGUAUUCCUACAACUUAAAAUUUGCCUCACAAGAACAGAAGACUAUGAUAAAUGCACAGUUGCCCGAUGGCAACAUGGAAAAUUUGAGAACUGAAAGAGAGCAACACCUUGAGAAACUUGACGUGACACACCCUGGAGUGUGUCCUUGGGCAGAAACUGAGGAAAAGACUUGGAAUGAGUUGCAAGAAGCACUGGAGAUACUAAAAGCUGCCAAGAUGAUCUGCCAUAGGAUUCAGAGGAUUGAACUUGAAAAUUCCAACUUAAUCGUCACAACUGAAAAGCAAGCAAGAGAAAUGGAAGCCCUCUGGGAAAAACUGUUAAAUGCGGGAGCCGAGGCGGUGGAGGCAGCACCCAAAGGCGAUCCAGGGAAGAGGAGGGAGGAUGCUGCCGCGCUGGGGAGUCAGGCAGAGAUGACGAAGCUCACAUCUGCGCUCUCGGAAGUGAGAAUGCAGGACGACUCUUGCAAAAUGGAAGUGGAAAAGUACAAGGAACUGUAUCUAAAAGAACUAAGAAGUAAUAACGCCUUACUCUCACUUCUUCCGAGUAGGACUUGCAAGUGUCCAAAGGGGUUGAGUGCAAAUCUUGAGGAAGAGAUGAGGCAGAACACCUCUGCAAUGGUGACUCUUGUAGGACCUCACCCCAAGUGUCCUCAAGUGGCAAAUCUAACCAGCAGCAGCAUGGAGUCACAAGGAAGUGUGCCCCACACCUCUCAAAGCCCAGAAGGCAGCUGUGAAUUCACGGAAAAUCCUAGGAGCUCGUCUGAGGAUCAGGAAAAAGCAAGGAGAAAACUGAUCAGCUCAGUACAUUCUCUGCUCCGUGCUUUGCGCCGAGAAGCAAGGAGGACUACAGUGUUAGAGAAAGAGCUAACUGAAAUAAAGAAGAUCUUGAAUAUGUCCCCAAAGGAAGGACACAGGUGUGACAGCAGAAGACAUAGCUUUCGUGAAGUUUCAAAAGCCAGUCAAGCUGAAAUGAAUAGUCCAGUUGGCGUGCUAAGACUUGAGGGAGAAGCAGCAGCAAAAGAAGACUUAGUGCGUGCUGGAGAGAAUCCGAGCGCCGCAGUCCUAACUCAGAUGGAACUUGAAAUGAAAGAUAUCGAAGCUGCCAUCUCUGAAGAGAACACCCAAGAGCUCUUGGUUAAAAGAGAACUGGAAGUCUGGAAGAAGCUCUAUCGAGGAGAGAUAGAGCAGAUAGAUGGCAUGCCAUUGGAAUUGAGGGUAUAAGCUCCUGGCUCGCCAUGAAAGCACAAUGCUCAGGGAACCCGUUCGUGAGAUUUGUAGACUGUAUAAUUCUGGAAAACGUGUUGAUAAAUGAGCCUCCUUUAAAA